AUGGCACGGCGCAAAGCUGACGACGAGGAUGAUGAUUCCGUGUUCGGGCAGUCCGAUGAUAGCGGCGAAGAUGAGCGCCCAGUCAAGAAAAAGCUCAAAGGGAGCCAUUCGGACGCAAAAAGGCGUGCCAUUGUUUCCGCAUUCCUAGAUACGGAAGCCCAGGUGGGCGACGAGGAGGAGGAAGAUAACUACGACGAUGACAUAUUCCUACCUGACGAAUCCACGGAGGCCGAACGAUUGGAGAACCGUAGCAGACUUCGCAGGCUCCGCGAGGAAGGUGACCGCAAGGAUGAUCAGCGCCGCGUUGGUGGCGCCGGUUUGCUGGAAAACGCAAUCGACAAACUCACGAAACGAUACCAAGACAGAACCUUCGAUGAGGGUGAAGAUGACUUCAUCGAAGACGAUGGCGAAGACGCUGGGCAUGACUAUGGCAUCAUGGAAGAUGCGAGUGUCCUCAUGCCCGACCUCAAUGACCCAAAACUGUGGAUGUUGAAACUAAACAAAGCGCAUUCAUCUAAACUGGUUGCCAUAAGUCUUUUGAACAAGUUCCUAAAGUUGCAAAGCCAGGGACGGCACUUGGGCAUCUACUCUUGUUUCGCUCCGGAUGGUGUGAAGGGAUUCAUAUACAUUGAGGCUGACACCAAAAAUGCCAUCCUGGAGGCGCUCUCAGAUUUCAGAAACGUCAAUUUGAGGAAACUUAAAAUGGUGCCCAUUAACGAAGUCUCAAGUAUCUACGCCAUGGAGUCGCAACAGCAGAUUGUACCACUAAUUGGCGAAUAUGUGCGUAUCAAGACGGGGAGAUAUGCAGGCGAUCUAGCGCAGGUACAUGAAUCUGAUGAAUUAAACGGGAUAGUGGUGGUUAAAGUUAUUCCUAGGCUCAAGGAGGAGGAUGUAGACAUCCAACAGCAAAUCGGUGAGGAUGGUUUUCCUAUAGUAAAGCCACCCAAAGAAGCCAACGCUAGUCGCACAAAGACGAAAUUGUAUAUCAAACGCUUGUUUGACAGGGAGGCUAUUGAGCUAAAGGGUGGCCUGAUCGAGCAAGGUUUCACACCGGGGACCUUCCGUUACAACAACAUGACAUUCCUGGAUGCGGGGUUUCUAUUGCUUCGAAUUAGCGUGAAAAGGCUCACGGUUGGAUCUGCCGUAAAUGCGACGCUGUCGGAGCUUAAGGAAUUCAACUUGGAAGACAAUUACGGCAACGUGGCGCACGUCAUCAAAAACUCUAAUUUGCAUCUAUUCAGGCUAGGCGAAAAGGUCCGUGUGACACGAGGAGAGCUUAUCAACGUUAUUGGUCAUAUCUCGGGCUUGCACAAUGAGGAAAUCGAAAUCCAACCUGAAGACAGCAGCAUCCCCAACUUCCGCAUACAUCCCUCAUCCGUCAUGAAGCAUUUCCGAGAGGGUGAUAACGUGCGCAUUAUUGACGGUAUCAAUCAGGGAGAAUCUGGGCUCAUAUCGUUAGUGGACUUCGAAAAAAAGAAUGCUGUAGUCUUCUCGCCGCAAAAGUCCGAGCAGUUCAAAGUCAAACUCGACUAUCUAGUCUUGGUGAAAGAGUCCAUCAACUUCGAAUCACUCGGAUCCCUUAACGGUUAUUUCCUUGGAGACCUCAUACAGUCGUCAAAGGGAGAAGUUGGGGUUAUAAUAUCAAUAUCGAAGAGUUGUUUCAAUGUGCUGCUCGACACCAAUAAUGAGGUCAAAUUGGUGUUGUCGGAUAUACUCUGCAAGCGUAGCUCCUUUGGAUACAGUUCUAAGGAUGUUAACAACUCUACUCUAUACACUCGCAACAAAAUACUCAUUGUAAGCGGUCCGUACAAGAACAAGCAGGGGGUUGUAAAACACCUCUGGAAAAACAAAUGUUUCGUGCAGCUCGAGAAAAACGCCUACGUUGUCGUCGACAGCGGCUCCGUGCUGAAUAUGAGCAUUAGUGAAACGCAGAAUCCCUACGAUCAACGUGGAGGUCAAGAGAGGGGAGCCGAAUUGCGAACCAAAAGUAGGAUUCGCAUACCAAACAGGUUUAUAGGAAAAACUGUAAAAAUACUUGUUGGGCGUUACAAGGGGCUAUUGGGAGAUGUGAUAUCGGUGGAGCAGUCUGAAUUCACUAUACUCUUGAAAGUUAAACCCAAAGUGGUACGUAUCAAGAAGGUGGAUGUUACCAUCCUGGACAAUAGGGACCUCAUGGUCAACAAGAUGCGUUACGCGAGCCUACUUGCCGAUAAAGACGUAUCCAAACCCGUGCAGCACGUUACAUCCCUGGGAGUUCCAGAUACGCGCUGGGUGAAGAAGGGUGUCGUUGUACGCAUCACAGGUAACGGAGAAUACCAGAACAAGCUUGGUGUCAUAGACGAAGUUAUAGAGGACCAGGCUGAUACCGACCUGCAGAUAGUACACAUUUUUGUGGAAGAAGACUAUAUCGCAAUCGCCACUGAAUCCGUAGAGGUGGUUCGCCCUACUAAAAGACAUCAGGUCGUCAUCUUGUUGGAUGGGGGAGACCGCAUCGGGAACGUCACGGCUGUGGAUGGAUUCCGUGCGACUGUAGCUCUAGAUGAUGGGAAUGUAGUGGAAGACACGGUGGACAACAUGGCUCUAUACGGAGCAAUGAACAUAUGA